UGACGCCCCAUGUGACGCCCCAAAACCCCAACGCCCUUUAUAAGCACGCUUAACCAUCUCAAAUCAUAGAGAUCAAGAGAGAGAGAGAGAUUUCUGGGCGGCAUUUGCAGAGAGUGAGAUAGAGAUUCUUGUUUUCUCCAAGGAAGAGAGGAAGAUUGGGGUGCACUCCCCAUUCACUCACCCAAGGAGCAAACGGAGAAAGCAUCGGCACAAGGGAGAGGAGAGGAGAGGAGAGGAGAGAGAGAUUUCAUCAUUAUCUUUAGCGCUUCUACUUAGACAGAGAGCGAUCCAUCACAAUUUUGCAGAGACUUUGAAACCCUAUGGGCUCCUGCUUAUCGACCACUCAGGUACCCCUUCAUACCGCCAAGCUCGUCUUGACAAGUGGAGGCCUCCAUGAAUUCAACGUUCCAGUCACUGUAGAUCAAGUUUUGCAGUCGUUUCCAUCGAGCUUCAUUUGCCACGCUGAUCAAAUGUACAUCAACGAUUGCAUCCCUCCUUUAAAAGCAAGCGAAGAAUUACAGUUGGGUCAGAUCUAUUUCCUAUUGCCGUUAACCAAGCUUCAUUACCCUUUAGAACCUUCAGAAAUGGCGGCUUUGGCUGUGAAGGCGAGUACUGCCUUGAGCGAGGGCUCGAGAAAGAGGGGUCGCCGGAAAAAAGUGGCCCCAUUUUUUGCAGAGGUCGAUUUCCAUGGUAAUUCUGGAUUUUCUGGUGACCGGAAAUUGGGAUUCUCCGGUGAGGCUAAGACCGUAAAACCGGGUCUUUCAAGGUCCGGUUCUGUCAGAAAAUUGCAGAGAAAUGCUUCGAAGAGGGCCAAAUUGGCAUAUCGAAAAUUCAGGUUACGGUUAAGCACUAUUCAUGAGGGUAUUGUUGCGGAGGAUAUCUGACCCUCCAGAUUGAGAUGGCGGGCUUGACGGGGCAUAUCGACGGCUGAUCUGGGAUUGCUUGUCGGAGGCCUAUAUUGAGCGAGCUUGUUUGUGGCCUAGGAGAGAUCACAACCGUUGAAUCGGCGGCUCGUAUGUGUACAUCGCGUGAAACAUAUUAGGAUGACAGAUUAUUAGGCUUGUGUAAAUUUUUCAGACCGGCAUAUUUUUUGUAUUAAAUUUCAUCAUGUAUAAAUAUGAAGUACAACUUCUUUGUGGGCGUA